AUAAAGAAAAAAGGGUUUUGUAUUGUUUUAAAUCAAAAGUUUGUCUUAAAUCUCAAGUUACCUUAAUUAAUUCAUCUAUAAAUAACAAUAGAGCUUGCAUUAUAAUAUAUACACUAUCUUCCCUUAAUCAAUAUAAAAUUAUGAAGCCUUUGAGAAGUUGUUCAGCAUUUAUCAUAAGUCUAGUUAUAAUAGUUGUAUAUGAAGCAAGGGCUGGUCAUUCCCUUAGCCGUAAGCCCGAUCGUGGUUAUUAUGACUUCUUCUACUUUGUUCAACAGUGGCCAGGAGCUUACUGUGAUUCCAAAUGGGGCUGUUGUUUCCCUAAGACAGGAAAGCCAGCCGAGAAUUUCAGCAUUCAUGGGCUUUGGCCUAAUUUCAACAACGGUUCUUAUCCUCAGAACUGUGACAAUCUCAACCGCAACCCUUUCGAUAAGUCUAAGAUAGUUGGAUUGAUAAAAAGAAUGCAAGUUGAAUGGCCAACUUUGAGCUGCCCAAGUGGAGAUGGGUUCAAGUUUUGGAGUCAUGAAUGGAACAAGCACGGUACUUGCUCAGCGAAUGUCCUAAACCAACAAUCCUUUUUCCAGAAAACUUUGGACUUCAAGAUCAAAUCAAACCUCAUCCAACACCUAAGUGAUGCCGGGAUACAUCCGAAUGAUGGGUUCUAUAGAGCGGAGGAUGUGGAGGCGGCUAUCGAGGACGGGCUAGGCGUGACACCUUACCUCGAGUGUAAUUUUGAUAAGGAAGGAAACAGCCAACUCUUUCAAGUGUAUCUUUGUGUAAACAAACUUGCAAACGCCUUCAUUCAAUGCCCUGUUAUGCCACAUGGCCGACGUUGUGCUUCAAGUGUCCAAUUUCAGUCAUUCUCUCGUUUUUAA